GGAAGUAUUUUCAGGGGCCUUACGUAGGGAAGAUGGCGGCGGUGCAAGUUGCCGGCUCGUUGUCGUGCGGGCAGGCACGAGAGGCGCCACGGGAGCCGCCCCCUGAGCAGGACAAUGGGUUCCGCCGGUUGUCGGCCAGGCUCCGCGCCCUGCGCCCGGAGGACAGCAGCUCCGCCCGCACCGAGAUCCAUCUGCUCUUUGACCAGCUCAUCUCCGAGAACUACAGCGAGGGCGGCGGCGUGGCCGCAGAGGAUGUCAGUGCUCUUCUUGUCCAAGCUUGCCGACUGGUGCCUCUUAAUCAGAAUCAUCUUGUCAGCAAAGUGUCUCAGCUGAUCCACCAUUUACUAAACAGAUUACAGGUGAUUGUUGAUGAACAGAACUUGGAUUUCCUGAUGGAAUAUACUAUUUCAGCUAUUCAUCAGUGUAGUUCCUGGACACACAUGGAAAUCCUUCAAGCCCUGGCAGCUCUGGUUUACUGUAAUGGCUCAAAAUGUCAAAAGUACCUCCCAGACUUGCUAGGCAAGACCGGCCUCUUAACAACAUUGAGUGACUUGGCUCAGUCUGACCCGGAAGUCAGGAGAGCUGCAGUGCAUUGCAUGGCAAACUUAUGUCUCAGUGUGCCAGGACAGCCUUACCUGGAGGAGCCUUACCAAAAUAUUUGCUUCCAAGCUUUCUUGACCACUUUACAGUCUCCAAAAUCAUCAGAUAUGGAUGACAUAACUUUCUGCAUGUUGUUACAAAAUGCAUUAAAAGGCAUUCAGUCACUUCUAAAUGGUGGAAAAAUGAAACUAACACAGACUGAUGAACUUGGAGCUCUUCUAGCUGUACUAAAGAAAGCCAUGUUUCAUGGACUUCCUGGACUAAACAUAGAGAUGCCCACGGUGUUAUACCCCACUCCACUUCCUCAGUAUGAUGGGCGACCACCUGUCAAACCACAACAGUCAGAAUCCACUGCUUCUCGACCAACGGUGAAUAAAAAGAAAAAAUACAAAAUUAAGCCAAGGAAAACCCCACAAGGAGAGGAAGAGGAAGAAGAAUCUAGUAGUGAGAUGGAAGCAGUCCCAGGCCCCGGCACAAGCAGAGUGAACAUGCAUGACAGGAAUACUCGAUGCUCCUCCUCCCCGGGCGUCCAAGGUUUGCCAAUAGAUGGAAGUGGAACUCUGGGAAAAGAGCGGGUCUCCUCACCCUUCACCACUUCCAGCUGGAAAAGGAUCAGCAGUAGUGAGUCAGACUAUUCUGAUGCUGAAGGAGGCUUACAGGGUAAAAUGAGGUCAUACCAAGCCAAAGUUCGCCAAGGAGCAUUAGCUUGUUUUCUUUCUACUAUAAAAUCAAUAGAAAAAAAAGUUCUGUAUGGCUACUGGUCGGCCUUUGUUCCUGAUACGCCUGAGCUUGGAAGCCCACAAUCUGUGUCCUUAAUGACACUUGCAUUAAAAGAUCCUUCUCCCAAGACACGUGCCUGUGCUCUGCAAGUGUUAUCUGCUAUACUGGAAGGCUCGAAGCAGUUUCUGUCUGUUGCUGAAGAUACCAGUGACCACAAAAGGGCUUUCACUCCCUUCUCUGUUAUGAUUGCUUCCAGCAUUAGGGAGUUACACAGAUGUCUUUUGUUAGCUUUGGUGGCAGAGUCGUCUUCACAGACCCUAACUCAGAUAAUUAAGUGCCUUGCAAAUUUAGUAUCAAAUGCCCCUUACAACCGUCUGAAACUCAGCCUGUUGACCAAAGUCUGGAACCAGAUAAAACCUUAUAUCCGCCACAAAGAUGUCAAUGUCCGUGUGUCAAGUCUCACACUCUUGGGAGCUAUAGUGUCCACUCAUGCACCUUUACCUGAAGUCCAGCUACUUCUGCAACAGCCUUGUUCUUCUGGACUCAGCAGUAGCAAUUCAGCAACUCCUCACCUCAGCCCUGCUGAUUGGUGGAAGAAAGCCCCUGCAGGAUCCUCUCUGGAAGAAACAUCAGUUAGCUCACCAAAGGGGUCUUUAGAGCCCUGUUGGCUCAUUCGACUUUGUAUUUCCACUGUUGUACUGCCCAAAGAGGAUUGCUAUUCAGGUGGGGAUACUGGCUCUGCAGCAGGAAGCACUUUUGAACCAUCUCCCAUGCGACUGGAGGCCCUACAGGUGUUGGCUCAUCUGGCAAGGGGCUACUUUUCUGUGGCUCAGGUCUACUUGAUGGAACUUGGAGAGGUGAUUUGCAAGUGCAUGGGAGAAGCAGAUCCAUCCAUUCAGCUUCAUGGCGCCAAGCUUCUGGAAGAACUGGGCACAGGCUUAAUACAGCAAUAUAAACCAGAUUCUACCAUAGCACCUGAGCAGAGAGUACCAGUCUUCUUGGUGGUGAUGUUCUGGACUGUGAUGCUAAAAGGUCCUUUACCUCGAGCCCUGCAGAGUUCAGAGCACCCAACUCUCCAGGCGAGCGCCUGUGACGCCCUGUCUUCCAUCUUGCCCGAGGCCUUCAGCAGUCUGCCGAAUGACAGGCAGAUUUUGUGCAUUACAAUGCUACUCGGAUUGAAUGACAGCAAGAACCGUUUAGUGAAAGCUGCGACAUCAAGGGCCCUUGGAGUCUAUGUGCUUUUUCCUUGUCUCAGACAGGAUGUCAUAUUUGUUGCAGACACAGCAAAUGCCAUACUGAUGUCACUUCAAGACAAGUCUCUGAAUGUCCGUGCCAAAGCAGCCUGGUCCCUGGGCAACCUAACAGACACUCUGAUUGUCAACAUGGAAACACCAGACCCAAGUUUCCAAGAAGAGUUCUCUGGUCUCCUGCUCUUGAAAAUGUUGCGGUCAGCAAUAGAAGCCUCCAAGGACAAGGACAAGGUAAAAAGCAAUGCAGUUCGGGCCCUUGGAAACUUGCUUCAUUUUCUGCAACCUUCUCAUAUAGAAAAACCCAUAUUUGCUGAAAUUAUUGAGGAGUCUAUCCAGGCUCUGAUUUCUACUGUUCUGAUCGAGGCUGCCAUGAAAGUUCGAUGGAAUGCCUGUUACGCCAUGGGAAAUGUGUUUAAAAAUCCUGCCCUUCCUCUUGGGACAGCCCCAUGGACCUCCCAAGCCUACGAUGCCCUGACGUCUGUUGUAACAUCAUGCAAGAACUUCAAAGUGCGUAUCAGAUCUGCCACUGCCCUUUCCAUCCCAAGCAAGAGAGAGCAGUAUGGGUCUGUAGARCAGUAUGCUCAGAUCUGGAAUGCAUUGGUCACUGCCUUGCAGAAGAGUGAAGACACCACAGACUUUCUGGAGUUCAAGUACUGUGCCAGCCUACGGACCCAGAUCUGCCAGGCACUGAUUCACCUCUUGAGCUUGGCCAGCGCUUCAGACCUGCCCUGCAUCAAAGAAACCCUUGAACUGAAUGGAGAUAUGGUCCGGUCCUAUCUCCUACAGUUUUUAAAAUCCGGAACAGAGGGAGAUGAUCCUGGAGCAGCCCAUAGCCCACAAGAAAGAGACCAGAUGGUCAAAAUGGCCCUGAAGCAUAUAAGCAGUAUACAGGYGCUAACUGGGGACACAACCAGAAGAGCCGUCAUGGACUUUUUAGAAAAUAUUCUGACUAUUUAUUUUGAUGCCUCUGGGUCACAAGUGGCACUUCUAGAGUUGUCAGAUCGGUGACUAUUCCACCAUACUUUCCAGAUGUCAAACAUGGUCAUAGGGAGAUGCAAGCUUGAGCAUAGGUUAUGUGGGAUUUAAUCUUAACAGGCAGGAACAGUUUAUCCACURUUUAUUUAUAAUAGGUUAGCAGCUAUUUGACGUCUUCUCAAAGGGCUCAGCUGCUUUGGAGAGUGGCUGCAUUGCACAGGUCAUGGUCAGGGUAUUGAAAGCUCUAACCUGGGCAACCCGUACCCCAGGUGUCAGAUUGCAGUGUUGGCUGAGCACACUGGGAAGUUGUGAAGGGUGUUUAGUCUCAGAAAAAGGAAGGAAUUAGAAUGUUGUGUAUCUCCAGGAACUUUUUUCUUUUAUAAUAAGCUAAUGAAAAUAGUGUGGCC